AUGAUCAGCGACAACAAAACAUCCAGAACAGGAAAUGUUAAAUGCAUGGACAACAUCGCCAAUUAAACAAAUAAUGUUCCAACUUGGAUUACCCUUUUGCUGAAGAUCAAUAACUUGAGAGUUGUAACUAACGUAAUCAAUCAUGUCGUCCUCGGACUCGCCUCUCUCUGGAGUCAACGUAGUGCUAGUGAUGGCCUACGGUAGUCUGGUGUUUGUGUUGCUGUUCAUUUUCGUGAAAAGACAGAUAAUGCGGUUCGCUAUGAAGUCUCGCCGAGGACCUCAUGUACCGUUGGGUCACAACGCACCAAAGGAUUUGAAGGAGGAGAUAGACUCACGUCUGUCCAAGGUGAACGACAUCCGCUUUGAACCGCGCCUCCUGGCAGCGGAAGACGAUCGUCUCUCAUACCGGGGUCAGAAUGGUUGCUACAACUACCUAUAUCGAAUGAAAGCGCUAGACGCCAUCAGAGACACUGAUUUACCUUUCCAUGAGCUGGGUCACAGCUCCAGUGCAUUGACUGGCCGGCGUUACAGGAACUGGCUGAUUGAACUGAGAAACUCCAGCUCUCUGGUGAAGACCACGCGCAGCGGCCUCAUUGACAGACUGCUGGAGGGGUACGACAACGCCAGACAUGGAACAGGGGCCUUUGGAGAAACUGAAUUUCUAAAAUAUCAGGACGCUCUGAAUGAACUGGCCACAGUAGUGAAGACCCACUCCAGCUCUGCCAGUCUGAGCCAGCAGCACCAGUCUGCUGCUAAGGACCUGACCAGCUCCCCGGGUCCAUCCUCGGCCUCCACCAUCCAGGUGACCUACCUGCCGUCCGCGGGCCAGCGCAGCAAGAGGCCCAAACACUUCCUGGAGCUCAAGAACUUCAAGGACAACUACAACACACUGGAGAGCACCCUUUAAAACAAAUCAAAGAGAGGGAGAGAGAGAGAGAAGGAGACGUGAGAGGAGGGCACCAGAAAUGCAAACUGGAGAAUCACUGGAACAAAUGACGAGACCGUUUCUACACUUCAUAGAUUUGGAGGGACCGUAUUGGUUCACAACUGUAUACAGUUCCGGACUGAAGCAGCUGCAGGUGGUUUAGAGUGAGUAUCUGAGCAUCGUGGCAUCUACUUCAAAGGAAAGUCAUGGGAGAAAUGUUUCUAUACAUGUUUAGCUGUUUAGCGGUGAAACAUUCCCUGGUACAACAGGAGGUGCCAGAGCCUGACUGCCAUGCGGAGAGUUUUUUUUCAAUCGCACCACAGAGACUGUUGCCGAGAUAAAAACUAUGACUCACCAUCCUGUAUCCUACCACGACCUUGUCAUUUGCAGAAAUUUUAGUUGUUUAAAUUCUGACUUUCUCCCAGCCAAAUUGGAUUAGAUAGGGGAGGAUAGAUUGAGAUCAGGGUUAAGUGACCCUUCCAUAUGCAUUUUAGUAUUGUUUAAGUUGGGUUUAGUUGGAUGCUUUGAAUCUGGUAGUAAUUUCAGGUCCUUGCCUCUGAUGAUCUGGGCUUCCAUUGGGAUACAGUAAUCUUUAUGAAGAACAUUAUAUGAAAUACACACACAAGACUCACUAGCUAAUGUUACAUCAGAGGUGUGUGUGGUAAAUAUCCCAUUUGAGAGAGAAAAGAGUGGGAGAUUAGCCUAUGUUACUGAAAUACCACUGCAGAUGCAUCCUACCCUACAUUAGAGUUGAGACUAUUGCCUUGUGGGUUAUGUACUGUACAUUACCUGUGCCAUCCCCUCAUGUCAAGACUACAGAUCCCAUGAGCCUCUGCGGUCUGCAGCAGCAAACACCAUAGAAAGGUCAUAAUAGCUUAAUUUCUGAACAGCUAAACUGUGUAUUACUCUACUGUGACUCUAAGUGCACUUUUAUUCCAUUUAAUGUAUUUCUGCUUGUUAAUUUUUAGGUGAAUGUUUUACAUUUUAAUGAAAUUGUGUGUGUGUGUGUGUGUGUGUGUGUGUGUGUGUGUGUGUGUGUGUGUGUGUGUGUGUGUGUGUGUCUUUUAGUGAGCGCACAUUCGUUUGUUGCACUUGUAAUCUCAUGAACUACCUUGUGCACAUGUGAUUAACUCGGAGUGCAGUUCCUGUAGUCUGUACCUGAAUGUAAUGUUGCCUCAUAUGUAUGUGAGCCUUUGGAACUGGACCAUAAAAUUCUCAACCUAA